AUUACGCGAUUUUUUUGUCAUUUCUAUUUUGCGAAUUAAACCGAGUAGUUGUGUGACGGUGUGUUAUUAAAUAAAUUAGAAAGAAUUUAAAUAAAUUAUUAAAAAAGUGCAUAAAAAAGCUAUUAAUAAAAAUAUUCCUAAACAAUAACCAUUGCUAUUCUGUCGUGUGUGUGUGUGUGUGUGUUUAAGCUUUUAAGAUAAAAUAAGUUUGUUAAAAAUUUAAUGAGCAUAAUAAAAUAAUUUUACAGAAACAGGGUGUCCAAUAGAUUUUGCAAAAAAAAAGAAUAGCAACAAAGUGUAUAAAUAAAUACAUUCAAUGAUUUUUACAAUUAAGAAUUUAAAGUGAUUGUGAGUAAAUUAUAUCAACUACUAGAAUCGGCUGCCUGCACAGGGCACAAAGUCCAAUUAAUUUUAAUAUUUGCUUUUGAACAGGUCUCCAAUGAGCCAUCUUUUGGAGAAACCAAAUAUUGCAAUGCCCAUUAAGACAACUAGUGGUCAAUUUUCCACAGCUGCCGCCGCCGUCACUACUGCAACUGCUAAUGCCAAUUUAAAUACAAACGCCGUCAACACAACCUCAACAAAAUUAAACAAUGACUCUACGACGAUAGCAUCUGAACAACAGCUACAGCCAGAAAAUGAUAUUAAAAGUCCUGAAACAAUAGCAAAUACUUAUCAAACUGUUAUAGUAAGUUUAACAGCUGGUGCAGUAGCAGGAGCUCUGGCCAAAACAACAAUAGCACCUUUGGAUCGUACAAAAAUUAAUUUUCAAAUCAACAAAAAUGUACGCUAUUCAUUGAAAGGUGCCAUAGAAUUCCUUAAACAAACUCAUGCCAAAGAGGGUACACUGGCGUUAUGGCGUGGAAAUUCUGCUACCAUGGCCCGUAUAGUGCCUUAUGCAGCCAUACAAUUUACGGCUCAUGAACAGUGGCGUAAAAUAUUACAUGUGGAUAAAGACGGUACAGACACUAAAUUAAGACGUUUUGUGGCGGGCUCUUUGGCGGGCAUAACCUCACAAUCAUUGACUUAUCCUCUGGAUUUGGCAAGAGCACGUAUGGCUGUUACAGAUAAAUAUACUGGUUAUAGAACUCUGCGCAGUGUUUUUGUUAAAAUUUGGGUUGAAGAAGGUCCUCAUACCUUGUAUAGAGGAUAUUGGGCAACAGUUUUGGGUGUAAUACCUUAUGCUGGCACCUCAUUCUUUACCUAUGAAACUUUAAAACGUGAAUACACGGAAAUGACUGGCAAUGCUAAACCAAAUACUCUAGUCACUUUGGCAUUUGGCGCUGUAGCUGGUGCUGUUGGACAAACUUCCAGCUAUCCUUUAGACAUUGUUCGAAGACGUAUGCAGACAAUGGGUGUAACCAAAGAUGGACACAAUAAAUAUCCCACCAUUUAUACAACAUUAAAAACUAUUUAUAAGGAGGAAGGCAUUAAGAAUGGCUUUUAUAAAGGUUUAAGUAUGAACUGGAUUAAGGGACCCAUUGCUGUGGGCAUUAGUUUCUCUGCCUAUGAUUUGAUUAAAGAACUAUUGCGUGAAUUAUUCCAUUUGAAACGUGGCCGAAGUCUGACAACAGUUUCCAAUUAGAUUUUAUUAUGUCUGUUCUAAUUUUUUACACCUCCCCUCAACACCCCUCAUUGUCAAUACUAUGUUGUUAUUUAAUUGUUUAAUUUAAACGCCAACAACUAUAUCUUAGUUUUAUUAGUUUCUUAAUUUUUAAUAAGAAUUUAGUCCUUGUUAGAAAAAAGAAAAGCAAAUUCUAAAUUUGUUUUAGUUAGGCUUUAACCAAAAAAAAAACAAAAGUUUAUACAUAUAAAAAACAGUCGUUAUUUCGAGGAAAUCUUAAAAAAUAAAGUUUAUUUUUUAUUCUUAGAAUAUUUUUUUUAUAUCAUACGAAAAUUUAGGCUGUACAAAUUGGUUUUAUAUAAAUUUUGUUAAAUUUUAUUAUUACCUUAUUAAAAUUCUGUUUCAAACAUGAUUAAAUUUGGUUCCUGUCUUAUUUUCCCCCCUCUUUUUUAUACGCCUUUUUUUAUAAUUAUAAAAUGCAAACGCACAAUAUAAGACAAUAAAAAAUUAUUUACUUGAAAAUGAAAGAUUGUGAAAUUUUGUUCAUAAUAUAAUUAAUAAUAUAAUAAAUAACAAAUCUGUAUAUGUAAAGGAACUCAUAUAAAAGUCUUGCUGUUACAAUACAAACAAAAUAAAAAUUUCGUCUAUUAUAUAAUUGUGAUUAAGAAUUUUUUUCUAUAAAUUUGUAUAACAGAAAGAAUAGUGUGGUAAUAAGAGGAAAAAAAGAAGAAAAUAAAAUCAAAACUUCAAAAGAGAAAAAUCAACUUGUGUAUAUACCUAUAUUAAAUAAAAUAAAAAAAUUGUUAUGAAAAUUUAA